GGCCGGGCGGCCGCGAGGGUCUGGAGGCCGCGAGGGGCACAGGGCGCGGCGGGCGCGCGGCUCCCUGGAGCGCGCAGCGGAUCCCGGUGCAAGAAAUUGGCCAGGCUGCACCGACAAGCAGGCGGGAGGGAGGGAAGAAGGAGGAGGAGGAGGAGGAGGGAGGAGGAGGACGGGGAGGAGGAGGAGGCCUGCUGCCGCCGGCCCGCUCGGCUCCAGGGGCUGCCGCCCGCGCAGCGCACCCUGCCCAGGCCUCCGAUGCCCCGGACCGCUUCCGGACCCGGGGUGCGCUGCAUCUUUCGGAGGCAUAG